AUGACGACUCGUCUAGACGAGGUCUUCCAUUUUCUCGGCUGGUUCCUGCCCGGCGCACAGGCCAUGAUUGUGCUCACCAUGUCGGCCGUGGACGGUGAUCCAGUCGGCGGUCUCUGCUACGUCGGUGGUACCAAUUUGACCCAUCUGAAAGCGUUUGUCCUGGCGCCGCUCAGUCUCUACCUGGUCCUGGGCACGGGAUUUCUGGUCUCUGGCUUCGUGGCACUCUUCAAAAUCCGCAGCGCCAUCAAACUGCAGGGCCCCGAGGCCGUGAUGAAGACGGAGAAGCUCGAAAAGUUGAUGCUUCGCAUCGGCAUCUUCGGCCUGCUCUACACUCUGCCCGCGAUCACGGUGCUCGGUUGCCUCGGCUACGAACUGGCCAAUCGCGUCGCCUGGGAACGAGGCCACAAUUGUCCCUGUUCCCGUCCCGUCUGGCUGCCGCUCGACCAGCGUUUCGGCUCGACUCGCGCCGUUGACGCCGCCGUCACCGCCUCCACGUCAGCUCCGGCCUCGGGCUCGGCUUUGGGCUCAGCGGGUCUCGGUGACUCGGUGCCAAGGGACGGCGUCCAGUUGGAGGGGGAUGAGCAGCUGCUGUUCACCCGCCUCCUCGAGGCGUUGGGCGAACUGCUGACCUCGGAAAGUCUGCCGGCAGAUGAGCAACGCCGAGUCGCCUUCGCCAGCCUCACCGGCCUCCUCAAUCCGACCAGUCUGCCCGGCGAGCCCGGCCUCCGGCUCGGGCCGGGCUCGAUCUCGUUGCAUGUCGUCGAGGCAGACGAUCCCGAGGCCGGACGGUUCGACGCAACUCGGCCCGAGUACGCCGUUUUCAUGCUCAAAUACUUCAUGUCGUUGGUGGUUGGUAUCACUUCCGGUUUCUGGAUAUGGUCCUCAAAGACCCUGGCCGUCUGGCAGGCCUGUCUGCGUGGCAUCUGCCGGCGCCAAUCGCAUCCGCCAACUCUACUCGCCAUGACGCUGGCCCGGCCCGGCAACCAGAUCGAGUCUCCUGUUGGACAGGCCUACCAGACUGGCGGACAGCUGAGGCCGACGCUCGACUCACCCACUGUUGCCAUGGCAUGGGGCGGACCGCAGAAGCGACGGAUGCCCAGUCAGCCUCAGUUGCGAAAACAAGGUCGAACCGACACUUUAUGGUUUUGGUUCUACCUCGUUUUCACAACUUGGUCGCAACGUCAGGGAGACAUUGUGUAA